AUGGGUCGUCAGUCCUCUACACCACAAGCAGCUAUUGUACACUUUAGAUCACAGCAACACCAACCCUUGAGUGGUACAGUGAAUCCUAUGCAGCCUCACAUAAUACUUACUAACACAACCGCUCCUGCAAGUGGCCCAACCCACCUCUCUCACCAGUCCCAACCACAACUUGUUUCUGCCACUUCCAACGGUCGUCAGGUUGUUGCUUUAAUGACUCACCAAAAUAUUCCUCAUACAAAUGUUUCUGAUCCAGGAGCCCCUUUACGUGAUUCUGGUUCCAAUAAUUCUGCUAAUAACCUUGGCAACGGCAUACAAUGA